GUGCACAGGCCCCUCCCACAUUAAAAGCAUCAUCACUUUUGUCGGUGCUUUGUUAGAAUGAGAAGCAGGGAGGAGGGGAAUGGAUAUAGAAAAAAUACUGACACGUGAAUUGGUCACUAAAACGAUGUUUUGGCCUUAAAAAGCGAGAAACACUUCGAUUCACGGAUCUAUGCUUUGUUCUCCUAUGGAAUUAUGCAUCUUCCGGGGACAAAGUCCUCUGCUGGAAUAUAUCUAGUCCUCGUUGUCUUGGAGUACAACUGUACAGCCGUAUUCGCGCAGCUCUCCUACUCCGUCUCAGAGGAGGUGAAGCUGGGGACUUCUGUUGGAAAUCUCGCCAAGGAUCUACAGCUUAUUGUACAUGAUUUGGAGUCACGUAUGUUUCAGAUUGUUACUGGAUCAAAGAAGAAGUAUUUCGAUGUAAAUUUGAAGUCAGGGUUUCUCUACGUCAGUGACAGAAUAGACAGAGAGGAGCUCUGUGCCAAAGCUUCAAAAUGUACAGUAAAUGUAGAGGCUGUGAUUAGUAAUCCACUGAAACUUUACCGUGUUCAAGUUAAUAUCCUCGACGUAAAUGAUAAUCCACCCUCUUUCAGUGCCGCAUCACAAUCUAUCGACAUAGCAGAGAGCAUACUGCCGGGAGCUACAUUCCCUGUGCUCUCGGCCUACGACGCCGACGUCGGGAAAACCAGCACUAACACGUACAAGCUAAAUCACUUUUCUUUAGAGGUGCACAGAGGAGAGAGUGUGUCAGCAGAGUUAGUUCUUCAGAAGUCAUUAGAUCGAGAAAAGCAAGCUUUGAUAUCGCUCACACUGACUGCUGUAGACGGAGGGACACCUCCGAAAUCAGGCACAUCAGAGAUCAUAAUAAAUGUUUUGGAUACAAACGAUAAUAUCCCGACCUUUACAAAAACACUGUAUAAAACAAGUAUUACGGAGAAUGCACCACUUGGAACUACAAUACUAGCAGUGACUGCAAUUGAUGCUGACGAGGGGACAAACAAAGACAUUAUAUAUUUAUUAAAUUCGAAAGAUCAGGACCACGUUUUAGACAUUUUUGAAAUAGGCUCAGAAACAGGAAUAAUAACAGUAAAGGGCAAAAUUGACUUUGAAACAAACCCUGCCUUUGAAAUUCGUGUGCAGGCUGCAGACAAAGGCCAGCCUCCAUUAACAGCGCAGUGUAAAGUACUGGUGGAGGUGGUGGACCUGAAUGACAACGCCCCUGACAUCACGGUGACGUCACUGCUCAGUACAGUGAAGGAGGACGCUGACAUCGGUACUGCUAUUGCACUUGUUUCAGUUGUUGACAGCGAUGGAGGCAAAAACGGUGAAGUGAAAUGUGAGAUAUUAGAUUCAGUUCCUUUUAAACUGGAGACAAAUUAUAAACAUUAUUAUUCUUUAGUAACUGCUGGAGAUUUAGACAGGGAGCUCAUUUCACACUACAACAUCACUAUCAAAGCCAGAGAUGAAGGGAAGCCACCUCUCUCCAACACUGCUGUGGUUACAGUUCACGUUUCCGAUGUAAAUGACAACGCCCCUCGGUUUUCAGAGACCGUAAUUACUAUGUAUGUGGAAGAAAACCGUCCAGUUGGGAUGGUUUUGAAAACAGUUGCUGCAACUGAUGCUGACGUUAGUGAAAAUGGUCGAGUGAGCUAUUCAUUGGUCAGUGAUAAUAACCUAGUUCCACUAUCUACAAUGAUUAACAUCAACUCAGAGACAGGAGACAUAGUCAGCCUGCAGUCUUUUAACUAUGAGCAGAUGAAAACCUUUCAGUUUAAAGUCCAGGCCACAGACUCUGGUGUUCCUCCGCUCAGCACCAACGUGACUGUCAACGUUUUCAUCCUGGAUGACAAUGACAACAGUCCCUCGAUUCUCGCGCCCUAUUCUGAGCACGGCUCCGUUAACACUGAGAGCAUCCCCUAUUCUGCUGAAGCGGGAUACUUUGUGGCAAAGAUCAGGGCUGUAGACGCUGACUCGGGAUACAAUGCGCUGCUUUCUUAUCACCUCUCUGAGCCCAAAGGAAACAACCUCUUCCGGAUCGGAACCAGCACCGGGGAAAUCAGGACUAAGAGGAGGAUGAGUGACAACGACCUGAAAACUCACCCCUUGGUGGUGCUGGUCUCUGAUAACGGAGAACCCUCCCUGUCAGCUACUGUGUCUAUUGAUGUCACGGUGGUUGAAAGCUCAGCUGACAUCCAGACUCAGUUCAGACAUGUACCCAUAAAGGAGGACAGCUUCUCGGAUCUAAACCUGUACCUGCUGAUUGCCAUCGUGUCGGUGUCAGUCAUCUUCCUACUGAGCCUCAUCAGUUUAAUAGCUGUGAAAUGUCACAGGACAGACGGCAGUUUCAGCAGGUACAGCGCCCCCAUGAUCACCACCCACCCUGACGGGAGCUGGUCUUACUCUAAAUCUACUCAGCAGUAUGACGUCUGCUUCAGCUCAGACACGCUCAAGAGUGACGUAGUGGUUUUCCCCGCACCGUUUCCGCCUGUAGACGCGGCAGCUGCAUUAAUUAUGUCUCAUUUUUCGCCUUAUUGCGUCCUGGUAAUUGACAGUGAAAUUAUACUUAUACUAAUCAAGAGAUUCGUGGCACUUCAGCAACAAUCGUUCAUUGUAGAAUAUAAGUGUGAGUCAAAAUAA